GGUCCUGUAUCGAUAUUCCGAUAUAUCGUAUCGUAUCGGGCAUCCCUACCUAUACGUUUUAAAUGUCAAAUCGGGCGGGACUUCUUCAGAAAAUGUGACUGAAACGAAAACUUUAUUUUUUAUUUGAUUUAAAUAAUUAAAUAGAUAGUCUCUAAUAUUAUUCACCCAAGCCGUAUCGUUCAAUUAUUAAUAUAAUGGCCACAUCUACCAUAAUACGUGUGAAACGGAAGAUAGAAGAUAAUCCACAAGACGCUUUAGUACUUUUGUGCAAACGUUUGAAAACAGACACUGAGGAGAUUUCACCAUCACUAUUUGUUUUCCAAGGAACUGUUAGUGAUCGGGAGAGCAAUGAUGUAAAGAAGAUAGUUCCAAAAAAUGAAUUCCAACUUAAAACAACGCACAAUGUCAAUGAUAUUAUCAAUAAAAUAAGGAAGGAGAGGAAGGAAGCUGCACAAGAGAAUCGUUAUGAAGUUAUUAACUGUUCUAGAGGUCUAAAAGAUGGCACCGAUGACAAUGAUAUUUAUGAUUUGGUUGAUUUGCAAAGAACAAGUGAUGUUGAAAAGGAUGUGAAGUAUGCUUAUGACUUAUAUGUAGCUGCUAAGCAGCAGGAUUUUGAUGUGUCUAUGUUGGAUAAUCUUGUGAGCAUUGAAAACUAUGAAACAAAUUUAAUUUUUGGCUCACAUCGAGACAAUGGUAAAAAUCUUUCCUCUGAUGAUGAAGCAGAUGAUGAGGACGAUUCGAAUGAUGAGAACAAUUGGAGGAACGAGUAUCCGGACACAGAUAACAGUAGCAUAGAUGAAGAAGCAAUGGUUCGUGCCUUAGAGAGAUGCGAUAUUGAUGAUCUAUCAAGUGAUGCAGGCGAAGACAAAAUAUAUGACGAAGAAUUAAAAUUAUGUGAUGAAGAUGUGAAACGAUAUGGAGCAGCUUAUGCAGCUUAUAAAGCUAGAGUGCUAUCUGAGGAUCGUGUGUUCAAUUCAAGCUUAAUUCAGUGUUCAAGAGUGAAAGAGCUGGAUAAAGAAUCUGUUGAUGGGUACAAAGAUGAUGAUGAUGGAUUUUACUAUGGACAAGAUGAAGACACUGAACAAUUUAGAGAACAAUAUGGAGAGAUAUCCUCUGAUGAAUAUAGUCCAGAUUGAACUUUUAAGUUUAAAAUGAAUUUUUAUUAUCUAAGAAAAUUUAAGUGAUUUUGUUGUACAUAAAGUAAUAUAGAUAUUUAUAGUUUACCUAAUUUUUUAAUUUUAUAAAUACUAAGUUUUCCAUAUAAAACUAC